UAUGGAUGCUGUUAAUAAUGGUCACAUUGCGUGACACAUCAUGUCAAGUUUGCGGACCCCCUGCUGUGCCCCUGAAUGCCAAAGUACAGACAGUCUCCGAUGGUACAUCAAUACUGGAAGCGAAAUAUGAAUGUGAUCCUGGUUAUGAAUUAUUCGGAUCCUCAACACUAAAAUGUGACCCACGCACUGGCUGGGAAAAAGAGCUGCCUUUCUGUGGCAGUAAUGUGGCUUAUCGUAAACCGGUCAAUCAAAGUUCUUAUACCCGUUCUGGUUCAGCUCAUUAUGCCAAUGAUGGUGAACCGGGAAAUAAAAAUCCAGAUGGUCAACAAUGUUCCGAGACACAAAAGGAACCAUCGCCUUGGUGGCGUGUAGAUCUAUUGACCCCACAAGCUGUACGUGUGGUCCGCAUAACCACACGUGGUUGUUGUGGUCAUCAACCAUUGCAAGAUUUGGAAAUUCGUGUUGGCAACAGCAGUGCCGAUUUACAGCGUAAUCCAUUGUGUGCUUGGUAUCCUGGAACUUUAGACGAGGGUAUAACGAAGACAUUCACUUGUGCCCGUCCUCUCGUUGGACAAUUUGUUGCAAUUCAAUUGGUCGGCGUUGAAGGCAGUUUAAGUUUGUGUGAAGUUGAAGUAUUCACCAAUGAUGAAUUCUCGGUUGAUCGUUGUUUAAGUUCGAAGUUGGGAGUUGACACUGUUCUGACAACAUUUUCGAAGACAUGCUAUGAAUUUCAUGUAACCAAAGGGGAGACUUUCGAAAAGGCUCAACAAACGUGUAAAGUAACAGGUGGCGAUUUGGUGCACGAUUUUCGUGGAGCUGCAAAUGAUUACAUACUCUCGGAAUUGGAAAGACGUAAAUCAGAACUUAAAACGCAGUUGGUGUGGAUUGGUGCACAAAAAGAACCCGGCAUAACUUCACGCACAUGGAAAUGGGUAAAUGGUGAAAUAGUACAGAAACCAGCUUGGGGCAAAGAUCAACCGAACAACUAUAAUGGCGAACAGAAUUGUGUGGUAUUGGACGGUGGCCGCAAUUGGCUGUGGAAUGAUGUAGGCUGCAAUCUGGAUUAUUUACAUUUUAUAUGUCAGCAUGCUCCGCUAUCUUGUGGUUCACCCGAUUCACAGCAAAAUACAACAAUUGUUGGUAAAAACUAUACCAUUGGUAACAAAAUACAAUACCAAUGUCCCAAGGGUCAUUCAUUAAUCGGUGAUGCAGAACGUACAUGUCGCACCGAUGGCACCUGGAGCGGAAAGGCACCCACUUGUAUAUAUGUCGAUUGCGGUCCAUUGCCGGAAUUGGAACACGGUACAGUGCAAUUGUCUGAACAGCGCACCAGUUAUGGCGUUCAAGCAACUUAUGCAUGUCACGAAAAUUACACACUAAUCGGUAACGAGAAUCGAACCUGUGAUUUGAAUGGUUGGACUGGUAAACAACCCGAGUGCUUGGUUGAUUGGUGUCCUGAGCCACCAAUGAUACAAGGCGGUACGGUAACCGUGAGCAAUAAGAGAGCUGGUUCCACUGCGACCUAUGAAUGUGAAGCUGGUUAUGUUCUGGUUGGAGAACCGAUUAUUUCCUGUGGUCUUGGAGGAGAAUGGUCCAGCAAGGCACCAUCAUGCCGUUUUGUUGAUUGUGGUUCCCCAGCAAGACCUGAUCAUGGCUUAGUCACAUUGGUAAAUGGUUCCACCACUGUUGGUUCGGUGGUCAAAUAUGAUUGUGAAGAAGAUUAUUGGUUGGAUGGCAAUUCCGAACUAUUCUGUACCAAAGAAGGCAAAUGGUCUGGAGAUGCGCCCGUUUGCGAAUUGGUAACAUGUGAUACACCCAAUGUUCCGACAGGCUCCUAUGUCGUUGGCUAUGAUUAUAAUGUCCAUUCAAAGAUACAAUAUAAUUGUGAUCCGGGUUAUGUUCUAAAGGGUGAUCCCAUACUGGAAUGUAUGGACAAUGGUGAAUGGAGUGCUGAGGCACCAUUUUGUGAUUAUAUUGAUUGUGGUGAAAUUACUCCCAUACCAUAUGGCUCAUUGAAAUAUACGAAUAAUACGACAUAUGUGGGUUCUGAGGUGACUUUCAGUUGCUCACAAUCACACAAAUUGAAUGGUGUCCCCAAGAGAAUUUGUUUGGAGACGGGUGUAUGGAGUGAUGCCUCACCUAGAUGUGAAGAAAUCCGUUGUAUGGAACCUGUGUUGGCUGCCCAUAGUAUUCUCUCUGUUACCGGUAAUGAUCGCAUGUAUGGCAGAACUUUAAUAAGGACCUCUGAAACGUUGUCGAAUGCAGCACAGACUUAUAGAAUUGGUGCCCUGGCCAAAUACCGUUGUGAACGUGGCUAUAAAAUGGUGGGUGAGGCCUUGGUCACCUGUGAAGAUAAUGGUCAAUGGAGUGGUAAUGUUCCAGAGUGUGUAUAUGUUGAAUGCGGUCCACCACAAAAUAUUACCAAUGGUAAAAUGACCUUGGCCACAAAUGCCACAUAUUAUGGUGCUGCUGCUCUCUAUGAAUGUAAUGAAAAUUUCAAAUUAGAUGGUGUAUCGCGACGUUUGUGUACUGAGGAUGGCACCUGGAGCCAUGAGGCACCACAAUGCGUAGAAAUAAUGUGUGAUGAACCGGAGCUAAGUGAAAGUGUUAUCGUGGAAGCGGGUGAACGUUCAGUGGGUUCAUUGGCUAAAUUUAGAUGUCAACGAGGUCGCAUUAUGACCGGUAAUGAUACACGGAUUUGUCAAAAGAAUGGUCGCUGGUCGGGCAAGAGCCCAACAUGCAAACCUGUUGACUGUGGUCGCCCACUACCCAUCGAAAAUGGUCGCGUUAUUGUGGUCAAUGAAACGACAAUUUAUGGAGGAUCGGCAGAAUAUCACUGCAUUCCUGGGUUCAAUCGUAUCGGUCAAUAUUUGCGUAAAUGUACCGAAGAUGGUACAUGGAGUGGUGAUGAGCCGCGAUGUGAACUAACAGCUACUGAAGCACAGGAAAGUUCUGGGCUUGGAACGGGCAUUGCAAUUGGAGCUACAGUUAUUAUAGCUCUUCUCUUCUUAAUUGGUCUGAUAUUCAUACAUCGCAAUAAGGCUAGGCCAGUAAAGAAUACGGAAAAUAUUCAAGCUGCUGAGAGUAAAGAUGAGCGAAAUGCAGCGGUUAUGUCAUAUUCUACACUGGAGGCAAAUACUCGCAUGAGCAUGGAUAAUGGACCACCGGCCACAUUUAAUACAUUCCAUGGUGCGGGAAGGGGGCUGGCAAAUGGUAAUGGUUCAACGGGAAGAGAAAACAUCUACGAUCAAAUACCCAAUGAACAAUUCUAUGAUGCCCCCUAUGAGAUGCGCAACAAUGAUGAGGUCUACGAGCCAGAACCCUCAGCGGGUAAUGUUAUAACUAUCAAUGGUAUAUCUGUGAGAUAAACACUUUUGUUAGAUAGUAAGAGGAGGAAAAAAUUGUUUUUCAAAAGUUUUACAUCGAACAGCUAUAAUCCAAAAGUGUGUUG